AUGUCGACCCAGGCAGAAAAAGCCCAGAUGCUAAUAACCAGAAUGCGAGAGUUGCCCAGCUCAAAGAUAUUCAGCCAGGAAGAAUGCUCGCACUUGGUCCCAACCGACUCGCCCCACGAUCUCCUCCAGCUCCUCCAGGACCUUCUAGCAUCGAACCAAGUCAAGCUCAUAAAAAAGGGCGACGAGCUCCACUUCCAAGCCGUGUCGCAGGACUACGCGCGUAUAAUCUCGCAAAUGACCCCCGACGAACAAAUGAUAUACUCGCACAUAGCCUCGCUGAACCGAGAAGGCAUCUGGACCAAGACCCUCAAGGCCAAGACCAACUUGCACCAGCACAUCGUGACUAAAUGCUUGAAGAACUUGGAGAAUCAGCGCUUUAUCAAGUCGAUCAAGUCGGUAAAGUACCCCACGCGCAAGAUCUACAUGUUGUACAACUUGCAGCCGAGCUUGGAAGUCACUGGCGGGGCAUGGUUCACUGACUCUGAGCUCGACACCGAGUUCAUCGACACGGUGCUGAUGAUAAUCUGGCGGUUCAUAUAUAGCGCCACUUUCCCCAAGGAAGAGAGCAACGCGCUUCAAUCGAGCUACGAUGCGCGGUCGCCGGGCGCAAACAUGGACCAAAUCAUGCAGUUUUUAUCGAGCUCGAAUGUGUUGCAGGUGGAGUUGGAGUUGAAUGACGUGCAGAGUCUAUGCAAUUUGCUUGUGUUUGACGACAAGAUUGAGCAAGUUGGGCACGAUGAGCAUGGCGAGUUGUACAAGUGCACUAGACAGAGUCUAAGUGAACGAGGGUAUAUUAAGGCCGUGGAGGAGUUGCGCGGGGUUAUACCCGAGGCGAGCUUUGAGUAUUUGGAGAGGACUAAGGGUUACAAUUUGUUUGAUUUUAAUUUGGGCAAGGUGAACUACGAGGAGGAGGCCGAUUUUGUCUAUAUGGAUUCGUUUUUGAACAACUGA